CCUAAAUGUCUUUGUUUACUCUUGCAGGCCUUCUCACAUGUUUCCAGACUGCUGUCCAAGUGCCAGCUGGAUGCUCUGGAAGGACUGGUGGCUAAAGACCUGAUUGGGAAGCUGGAGGAGAAGCUGAACCUGAUGCCAUCCAACUAUAAGAAGGCUCUGUCUGUGGAGCCGGAGGAGAUCAUGUACACCACUCCCGGAGACGUGGGGAUCUACUACGAUGAUGACGGGCGAAAAUUUGUCAGCAUUCUGAUGCGUUUCUGGUAUCUGACAAGUGCGCGUCUCCCUGAGGACACCAUGGAGGGAACGCGGGUGUUCCAGGUGGCGCUCGGUGAGGAGGGAGAAGCAGAAACUAAGAGGCUCCUGAGUGCACACUAUGAAUUCCAAAGGGAGUUCACUAAAGGAGUGGCUCCAGCCUGGACUAUUACGAGGAUAGAGCACUCCAAGCUUUUGGAUUAAGAUGCUUUUGAUUGGACGCAGUGUUGCUGAUUGAAGACAUUAACCCCCUCAGUAUUUGCCUUUUUACUUUUGAAUCGCACAGAGCAAAUGAUGCUGCUUCUCCUCACAGGGCUGUCAGAGGGAAGCACCGGGACAAGGGUGGAGUCAGACACUCUUCACUGUAGAGAAGACACAUGGCAACGCCCCCCCCCCCCC